ACUUUAGUGUGAAACGGAAAACGCGAAACAGGAGACAUUUUGGUGUUGUGACGGGAAUGCAUUUGCUACUGAAAUACUUUUCCAGUGAAGGAAACGUAGUGAUGAGGAGUUAGUUUAAUGUGUUGAACGACCGUAAUAUGGUACUUGUCCUCGGAGUAAAUGAGACAUCCACGUUUAUGGCGACACUAUUUUUACUCACGCAGCGAUGUGCUAACAAGUGUAAACACGGCUUCCACAUGUCAUGAAAAUAAGUAAGUAUGGACGGGUGGGGCUCAGUCGUUGCGCCAGAUAAUGACCCUUCAAGCUCCGAGGGGGAAUACAUAGUCGAACCAGGUCCCGAACAUGAGGCGACAGAAGGAGCACAUCGGGGCGUCGUGGAGAGGAUGGACGACGGGGCCACCGACGUCGGAUUCGGAUUAAGUGGGAUAGGAGAAAGCAAAAUGUUGUUGGGACAGAGAGACGACAGAGAACUUCGGUACUUGCACUUAUUGUGGGAACCAGGACGAGCGGAGACUGCACCUGAUGGCGGAAACAACAGGCUGGGGAAGAUGACUGGAAGCAGGACUAGGAGGUGUCACCGAGCCACAAGGAACCCGAUUGGGAAAGAUGUGUAUGCCGUAAAGAGACUGAGGGACGCAGCAAACGGCAAUGACAUCGAUACCGUUCGGAAGCUCCUGCAGGAGGACAUAGACCCAUGUGCAGCAGAUGACAAGGGAAGGACAGCCUUACAUUUUUCUUCCUGCAAUGGCAAUGAAAGCAUCGUGCAAUUACUGCUGAGCUACGGUGCUGACCCCAACCAACGUGACAGUCUGGGUAACACCCCACUCCAUCUGGCGGCCUGUACAAACCAUGUGCCUGUCAUCACCACAUUGCUAAGAGGAGGAUCCCGCGUGGAUGCACUUGAUCGAGCAGGCCGGACUCCUCUGCAUCUUGCACGCUCCAAACUUAACAUUCUGCAGGAUGGGGAUUCUCGCAGUUUAGAAACCCUGAGAGGGGAAGUCACACAGAUUAUCCAAAUGCUGAGAGAAUAUCUAAACCUAAUGGGCCAAAGUGAAGCCAAAGAGAGACUGGAGCACAUUUCCUCCCAGCUGCAACGCAUGCGAACCAAAGAGGAAGUGGAUGAGGUGACUGAUUUACUAGCCAGCUUUACUUCACUCAGCCUUCAGAAACAGAAUUUGGGAGGAAGGUAGAGGAUAAAGAAACCGGAUUCCCUGCUCCCUUUUCAAAGCAAGUCUCCGUUCCUCCAUCUUGAACACUCAUUGAUGCCGCUGUUCAGUACCACUGUCGUGAUUGUCAGUCAGAGAUCCUACAAAUCUGAUGCAGAUUUUUGUAACAAAUUAUUUGAUGGAGGCAGGGGCACUUUCUUGGGACUACACUUUGAGUAAUUUUAUUUAAUUUGUUUUUUUUAAUGACCGAAGUCUGUGAACAUCUGGGAGAAGGUAGUAGGUUCAAGAAUCUGGAGUCUUGGGAAAAUUAUGAUUCAAAUGAACUUCAGAAAAGAAUGUGUACUGCCUGUCAAAAAAUUAGAUAUACUGUAUAUUCUUGUGUGUUUGAACAGUCUCAAAGCAGUCCAUGUGCUGAAUAUAUUUAUUGGUCUUUGUGAAACAGUCUGACUGAUGGCAAGCCUUAUAAAUUAUCCAGCUACAUUUCUUCGCCAUCUGUCUUAGUCGUUCAAAACAUUCCUCCCAUUUUUAUAGUUCAUAAGCAUCUUCACUGUGUUCGUCCAAUCGUGUCUUGUUUUGGGGUAUGAGGAAAAAAAGAAACUUGAGAAUUGAUACAUUCAUUUAAAGAUGGUGUUGAUCAAAGCUACCUCUAUUGUGCCAAAAAGUAACAAUUAUUCAUUUGCGGUUGGUGACAGUAAAUUGCAGAAAUGUUUUGAUGGGAUAGGACUUACCGCAUUAAAUCCCUGAUUAUUGGAUCCAUGUAAUUCCAAGUGCAUUUUAUUUAUUUGCCUUCAGCCAAACUGGACUUAACUAUUCGACCUUAAAAGGCAUCACAGAACACAACAGGCUGGACGGCAAUGCACAACUUGAACACACACAUCUGGUGGGGUAUGAUGCGUCUGUCUGUGCCUGCGUAUCUUCGUCUUACUAUUAGUCACGGUCUAUAUUUCUAAAUGCGUAACCAUUCUUACUCUUUCUCUUUUGGCUUCUUCAUCAGCAGGAUAUUUUCCAUUUGUAUUGCAUGUUAACGUUUAACUCGUGUAAAAAGUACAGUACUGCCAAAAUGUAUUUGUUUGAUCAAAUAAAUGGACUCGCCUAUGUGAUUAUAA